UCGCCUUCUUUUUUUAUUUUUUGCGGGUACAGUCUCUUGAUCACCCCCAAAGUCCCGAACUCCAUCUCCUCCCAAAUCCCCCGGUUCACCUUUCCCCUCCCUUCGUUCUGUAUUCCACGGUGGCGCUACGAUGGAUCUGACACGGCGGCGGCGCGACGGAGUUCCCAGUGUGGUGGACCCUAGUUUCAGGGGUUUGUUUGAAGCGUGCUACAGAAGUAAGCAGGGCGGUAUGGGAACCGAGACAGGCAAUGGGAAAGAGGAGGCCAUGAAGAAUGGUCUGGACGUCACCGGCAUGCCCCUCCCAAGCAGCUCCCAUAGCAGUGUACACAGCGCUGGCAGCGACCCGCAGCUGAAGCAGAUGCUUGAUUGCCUCAAAUCCACCAAAUGUCCCGCUGUGAUCAACUAUGGUGCUUCAUGGUGUGGUGUUUGCAGUCAGAUUCUUCGACCCUUCUGCAGGUUCAGCACUGAAUUCAAGAAUCUUACUUUCAUCUAUGCCGAUAUUGAUGAAUGCCCUGAAACAACUCAGAACAUACGAUACACCCCGACCUUCCACUUUUACCGGGAUGGAGAAAGGGUGGAUGAGAUGCUUGGUACAGGAGAAGAGAGACUGCAUGAUAGGUUGUGGUUACAUUCAUGAUAGUGAUUAGGCUUGCAGGGAUGCUGGUUUCAUUCAUUUACUUUCUAUGACAAUAUUUUCUUCAUUCCAGUGGAUCUUGGAUGUAUCCUUUUUUGCCAAGUUCUGUUUGAUUCGGAAAGAAAGAGACAAUGCUGAGCUGAUGAGCAUUCUUGCUAAUGUCUUUUCACAGUUUAUUCUCUCUAUUGUGGAACUCCCAUUCACUUGGAAAGCUUA